GACGCAUUUACUCCCCCGAUUCUUCUCUUCUUCUUGGUUUUUAUAGUAAUGACUGUUUCUUUACCGUUGGCGCGAGGUCUUGCCAUACAGCUACACGCUCACGCUCUCGCAUAAAAUCGUCCGCGCAAUUGCUAGUUUCGCGCUUUUUCGCUCGUAUGCCGCCAUUGCAAAAGCGCGUGUCUAGCAGAACUACGACCUUCGAAUGCCCCCUUCCAAUACUACGGAUGAGCUUCCUCCCCUCACCAAUCAGGAUGUCGAGGUUCUCUACACAAUCGUCACCACCGCGGCGACGCUCCCCGGCCCGUCCUACCGUGCCCUGUUCACAGCCUACGAUCGCGUCCUCGCUGACCGCGGUAUCAACGCCAACCAUGACCGUAUCUACUUCCGCUUCCUGCUGCGCAUGCGCGCGCGCGAGGGCGCCGGCGCUUCCACCAGCAUGUACGCUCGCUUUGAGCAGCUGCUCGCGGAAAUGGGUAUCCAGAUCGAGGUUGACGAUAACGGCGAGGGCGUUGAGGAGGUCACGCGCCACUUUGACGACUUGGAGCUCGAUGGUGAUGGGGAGGAUUGGGCGCGCAACGAGCCGCAGCAGUUGCGGCCGAGACCCGCCCGGCGCGCCUCGUUUGAUGACACGAUGUACGAAAAUACGGCCGGGUUGAGGGGGAGGGACGAGGAUGGAGAUGAUGAAUCGUUGCGGCGCCUGCCUUCUGGGAUUGGAUCCAGGCCGAGGAGGUCUUCCAGCCAGUCUUCGCAUCCUGGUUAUGAGCGCCUGAGGCGGCGCAGCUCGCAGGGUGCGCGGCCGGCUAUGCAUUCUGGAUUCCCGCGGGGAAGAAUGGACUCGCGGAACCCGGCGGGGAAUUUGGAACAUGGAGGCAGGGGACGACCCAGAUCCGUGUCUAGUCACGGAAGCAUCCGGAUCACCAGGACACUCAGCAGAGACGCCAAUAGGCCAGAACGCGAACCCUCGUUUGAAGACCUAGAUGGAUUCGACAGCACGAGAUCGCGUCGCUCUUCCAUUCCCGGCCCGGGGCCGGAGCCUGCUGCGCACUAUGUCCCUCCGGAGAUGCUGUAUCGCCCGUCGCCCGCGGACAUGCUUGCUGAUGCGGAGACAUUUUUAUACGCAAGGACAAUAUCUAAGGCGCGGCAAGUAUUGCGCAAAUGGCACGAUCAAGCAUUGGGUCAACGACAGCUUCAUGCACAGAUGGAAGAGGCGGCGGACGCAAUGAACAGGAGGAAGCUGCUCGAUGCUGCGCUUGAGAUGCUGAAUGUCACGUUAAAAGAGCGACAGCAACAGAAAGAGACGGAACGCUUCUUCCAGCAGCUUGAGCGGCGAGCGGACAAAGCAAGAGAUCUCUUCCUGCUCACAAAGGCGUUCACGCACUGGGCCAACAGUGCUGCCGACGAAGUCGAGCGCACCUCCGUCGCCCGGAGGCAUAUCCUUCGCUACAAGUAUUUCAAUGCCUGGCAUGAGAUAACUGCGGUUGAGGAGCUGAAGGUACGCCGACAGCAGCUCGGCAAGUUCUUUAAUAUCUGGCGGCGCAGGAACGCCGAGAUCCAAGAGGACAGUGACCUUGCGCUGGCCUUCCGCUCUGAAACCAUCGUUCAACAGGCUUACCAGAGCUGCUACUGGGAGUUCUCAGAGCGGCGAGCCGCCAAAUAUCAUGAUACGAAGUUGAAGAGAAACGCCCUCGCCAGUUUACUUAACCAGCUGUCACAGCUGAGGGAGAGGGAAGCGAGGGUGGAAGAGAGACGUGAACAUGAAUUGAAGAGGAAGAGCUUUCGGGGAUUUUCGGGCAAAAUGCUCUUGAUUCAAUCAAACGAGACGAUUGCGGACGACUCUCAUAAACGACACCUGCUGCGGAGUGGCUUGGAGAACCUGAGGCUUCAAGCACGCCUGAGACCACUGGAAAGACAAACAUCGCAGGCUAUGCGGAACCGGCUGGCUAAGCAGGCGCUUUCAAAAUGGCGUGUACGCGCUCAACAGUCUCGCCGAGCGACGGAGAUUGACCGUGAACGCAUUCUCCGCAACGCUUUUACGGCCUGGAAUGAUAAUCUCCGUUGUCGCGCUCUGGCAGCUCGGAUAGACGAGCGUGUGCUUGUAGAGGCCUUGUACAAAUGGUCUCUGGCUUCGAGGGCGGCGCUCCUUUCUAGGCUUCAUAAUGCCAGAACGAAGCAGAACGUUUUGCUCGCUUGGGCAGAGCAAGUCCGCUCCAAAGGAGACCAGCUGGCUCGGAGGGAACAGAUCUUCGCUGCAUCCCAGCAGAGACGCCUGAAGUCACGCGCAUUCGCUUGCUUGAAGGGCGCACUGGAGAAGCAGAAAGUGCUCGAAGGCCAAGCUCUUAGCAUUUACGAGCCUCGGAUCGUUCGCCGGACUUGGCAGGCGCUGCUCGCUCAGCAUGACCAAGUCCAGCAGCUGGAGCAAUGGGGCUCAGACGCCCAGUUCUACACGCUGACGAAGCAUGCGCUGGUCAAAUGGCGCGAGAGCACGCAGCUCUCCCAACGCCGGCGCAAGCGCGACGCCUACGCCACGAUCCGCCGGCGUACGAAGCUCUCGCUUGCCCGCAACGCCUUUGAGACCUGGCGCAACAAGGCAGCAAACGUGGAGAUGAUGGAGCGGCAAGCGCACGAGAAGCGCGAAGACGCGGUCUUGCAUGCGGCGACGCAGCUAAUGCAGCACUGGCACGAAGAAACGUUGGCGGUGCUGGACAUGGCGCAGCAGGCGGAGGAGCUGCAGCGGAGAAAGCUGCUAGCGAGCGCGAUGGGCGCGCUGCGCAGCCAGCUGAGGAAGAGAAAGCAGAACGCUGCGCGCGCCGAGACGCUGUUCGAGGAGCACGUCCUCGCGGAGGCGAAUGGCUGUCUGCGCAAGUUCAGGUGGCGCCUCUUCAAUAUCCAGCGGCAUGAGCCGACGUCGCGCGCGUUUGCGGAAAGGAACUUCGAGAAGCACGUUAAGAGCAUGUUGAGGCAUUGGGCGGAUCAGGCGAUGCAGUCGCGGCAGGCGAGGAUGGUGGUUUCGCAUGGUGUGAAGGGAGCGAAUGAGGAGCAGGGGGACAUGGAGCAGGAGGAAGACUUUAAUACGGAGGGAGAGCCGGCACUGGAGAAGGAGAGAGACGAGACUGAGCACAACGCCACUGCCUCCCGCAACGAAGGCUGGGCUCCCUUCAAUGAGUCAGCCCUCGGUCUCGGGAACCUCGGGCUGGACCUCAGCCUAUUCCCGGGUGGCCGCAACGGCAACAACAACAUCAACGCCCAGCCCGCCGUACCGCUGUCGCGAGCCUCCUCCCCGCUUAGACUCGACACAGAGCCCGACGCCGAGCAAGAGCAGGAGCGCGAACGGGAGCGCGAGCAAGCAAGCCUCGCGCCGAAUCCGCUCUUCGCGCGCACGCUAAACAACGCCCCCUUGCUCAACCCCGCUGCCACUGCAACGCCCCAGCCCGCCUACCUCCGCACCCCGAGCAAGCGCAGCACUGUCCGCGCGAUGCGCCUCGCGGCGCUGAACCUGCCGCUGCAGCAGCGCUUGGCGCAGAGCGUGCGGCUGCCGGUCCGGGAGCGGGAACAGCAGCUGGGCGGUGCACAGCUGGGGCAAGGCAGCGCAGCAACGCAGGGGCAAGAGAAGGAGGGCGAGGGCGAGCGCCCGACAACAGCAACAGCGACAGUGACGGCUCCGUCCGCGAGCACGUUCGUCCUGCCCACCGCGACAGGGAGUACUACGCCCGCGGCUGCGCCGCCGCCGCCGCUGCCCCUACCGGCCAUGGGCACGCCGGCCGUGACGCCGUUUGCGCGCAAGCUGGAGCGCGGGUACCGCACCCCUGCUGCGUCUUCUGCAAUAUCAGCUAUGCGCUUGUCCAAGGGCUCGACGCAUCUGCUGACCAAGGAGGAUUGGGAGGAUCUGUUUCGGCCGCAGGCAAAGCAGUCGUCGGCGCCGGCGCUGGCGUCACGGCAGGAAGAAGAGUUUGAAGAUGGAGAAUUAGAGGAUGGGGAAAUAGAGGAAGGAGAGAUAGAGGAAGGAGAAGAGGAGUGGAUAGACGAGGAGCAGCCGCCGGCACCGCAGCCGCAGCAGCAGCAGGGUAAGGAGGAUCAACCAAGGGUUCUUCAGACCUCCAGACUUAUCUACUCGGUGUACAGAAUCACCUCUUCGCAUUUGAGGCGCCUUCGCGCCAGAUUUAAAGGGUUUGAAGAGGCUCGAGACAAGGCUCUCGCGGCCGGGCAGGCGCUUCCACCGAUUCCGCCUUGGAUCCUUAUGUUUCGUGAACAGGAGUGGCUAUUUAAUCGGCAGUUACCGGCGAAACCUAAACGCAACAAAAGGGAGGGGAUACAGAGACGCAAGGAAUUGGAGGGGACACAGAGACGCAAAAAAUUGGAGGAGAGACAGCUGAGAGACAAAGAAUGGGAGGCGGAGUUGCUGGAGUUGAUUAGAGAGGUGCUGAGGGGUGCGCCUGAGGAAGAGCCUAAGGAAGGGCCUAAAGAAGAGUCUGGGGAACAGCUUGAGGAACACCAGCCUCGAAAGAAGAAGCGUAAGUCGUCCAGGGAAAGCCCUCCCUUGCACGUUCUCCGUCGGCGCAAAUUAUAUGCAGAAGCAGAAGCAGCUGAAGCAGACCAGCCCCCUCCAAAGAGACGCCGCAGCCGUAGCAGCCAGAACCACAAGUCAACCAAGAGCAAGCGAGAGGAGCGCCGACGCCAGCAACAGGAGCAGCAAGAGCAGCAAGGCGCGCUUCGAGUAUCACUCCCAUCUCCACCGUCCUCUCCCGAAGCAGUCUCGAUCUGGUUGUCUCCCUCUCCUGAAAACUCUUCGAUACCCUGCAGCAGUCCGAGCCUGCCUUAG